CUUAAGCAUGGCUCGCCGCCAUUUCGGGAGGCUCAGAAGUCAAUAAGCUAAAUUUGUUGGUGAAGCUCACAAGCUUCAGCCAUGGAGAUUAACGCUUUCGGAGUGCAUGAGCCUAUAAUGAUUCCAUCAACGCGCUCACACGCGCUACGAUUUUCGUCAGGUUUUGGUCUGAGCCUUAGUGAGCGAACCCAGCGCAGGCCCCAAUUCGACUUUCUCGCAUUUCCACGGCGACUCACUUUUCCAUUGUCGAGAACAGACUCGGUCCUCACUCCAACCCUGAGUCUUUGAUUUGCUCUCAAUUCGCGAAUUCACUUCCCCUUUCUCUCAUCAGACGCCUUUGGAUUCUGCGAUUCUUGUCAGGUGCUCUACAUCUAGUUUUAUGGGAAGUUCCUCAUCUGACGAUUCUGAUGUGGACACUGAUAUCAGUGAAUCUGAAUUGGAUGAGCGGGAGAGCAAGUCCUAUCAAGAACUUAAAAAUGGAAAACGCAUUGUAAAACUCUCGCAUGAGACAUUUACUUGCCCCUACUGCUCGAGAAAAAGAAAGAGGGAUUUCUUAUAUAAGGAUCUCCUGCAGCAUGCUUCUGGGGUAGGCAACAGCCCUUCAAAUAAACGGAGUGCCAAAGAGAAAGCUAAUCAUUUAGCUUUAGUGAAAUAUUUGGAAAAAGAUCUAGCUGAUUCUGUUGGUCCAUCAAAACCUGCAAGCAAUAAUGAUCCUGUUAUGGAUUGCGAUCAUGAUGAAAAGUUUGUGUGGCCAUGGAGAGGAAUUGUGGUAAACCUUCCAACUAGGCGUACAGAUGAUGGGCGAUAUGUGGGAGAAAGUGGAUCGAAGUUUAGGGAUGAGUUGAAAGAAAGAGGAUUUAAUCCCACAAGAGUUACUCCCUUGUGGAAUUACCGGGGUCACUCUGGUUGUGCUAUCGUGGAAUUUAAUAAAGAUUGGCCCGGUUUGCAUAAUGCUAUUUCUUUUGAGAGGGCUUAUGAGGCAGAUCACCAUGGAAAAAAGGAUUGGCUGGCUAAUGGUACUGAGAAACUAGGACUUUAUGCUUGGGUUGCUCGUGCUGAUGAUUACAACUCGAGUAAUAUAAUCGGGGAACAUAUGCGCAAGAUUGGAGACCUGAAGACCGUAUCUGAAAUUAUUGAGGAGGAAGCACGGAAGCAGGAUAGACUUGUGUCCAAUCUUACAAGUAUCAUCGAGCUAAAGAACAAACAUUUGAGAGAGAUGGAAGAAAGAUGUAGUGAAACUGCCACCACUCUUAACAAUUUAAUGGUGGAGAGAGAUAAAUUACUUCAAGCUUAUAACGAAGAGAUAAAAAAAAUCCAAUUGGGUGCAAGGGAUCACCUUAAGAAGAUCUUCAGUGAUCAUGAAAAACUAAAGUUGCAACUAGAAUCUCAGAAAAAAGAGUUUGAGUUAAGAGGAAGAGAACUGGAGAUGCGUGAAGCACAAAAUGAACAUGAGAGCAAGUAUCUGGCUGAAGAAAUUGAGAAGUAUGAGGUGAGAAAUAGUUCUCUUCAAUUGGCUGAGUUAGAGCAACAGAAGGCUGAUGAAGAUUUUAUGAAGCUGGCAGAUGAUCAGAAGAAACAAAAGGAGGACCUCCAUAAUAGAAUAAUCCGACUGGAAAAGCAACUGGAUACCAAGCAAGCAUUAGAGCUGGAAAUUGAGCGUCUACGUGGGUCGUUGAAUAUUAUGAAGCACAUGGGAGAUGAUGAGGAUGUGGAAGUCCUCCAGAAGGCAGAGACAAUACUAAAAAGUUUGAGUGAAAAGGAAGGAGAUCUUGAAGCUCUUGAUGAACUUAACCAAACAUUGAUAGUAAAGCAGCGUAAGAGUAACGACGAACUCCAAGAAGCCCGUAAAGAGAUAGUGAAUGCUUUUAAAGAUUUGCCUGGUCGUUCCCACCUGCGUGUUAAGAGAAUGGGUGAACUAGAUACAAAACCAUUCCAUGAAGCAGCGAAGAAAAGAUAUAAUGAGGAUGAAGCAGAUGAAAGAGCUUCAGAGUUGUGCUCAUUGUGGGCAGAAUAUCUCAAGGACCCAGAUUGGCAUCCGUUCAAAGUAAUUAAGAAAGAAGGACGGGAUAAUGAAGAAGGAAAGGAAAUCGAAGUUUUGGAUGAUGAAGAUGAGAAACUACAAGAUCUGAAAAAUGAGUGGGGGGAGGAAGUGUUCAAGGCUGUGACAGCAGCUUUAAGGGAGAUAAAUGAAUAUAAUCCAAGUGGAAGGUAUAUAGUAUCGGAGCUAUGGAACUACCAAGAGGACAGGAAAGCAACGUUGCGAGAGGGAGUGAAAUUCUUACUGGACAAGUUGAAAAGAAGAAACUAGAAAAGGGAACUCCCUGAAGCUGCCAUGAUGAUCAAACCAACAUAUCAUUGUCUUGAAACAAAGCGUAACAAUGUUCUAUCUUAUUAUGGAGUUAGUGAAGUAUCGCCAGGAGAUGGAAUGUGAGCCAUUACGUUAUGUCAGUGUAUGUUUUCAAGUCAGUCAUUCCUUUCCUUUGUACCAAUUAUUUCCAGAUUAUGAAGAUUCAGAUACUGCUGUCUUGCUUAUCUAUUAUCAUUUACCCAUCUUACUAUUUAAUUUGUUUGAAGAUAAACCUA